UUGCGAAGUCCUCAGCAUCAAGGAAAGAAUACACUCACGCAUCGUUUCAGAAGGCCGCUAUGACCAAUCGGCUCUGAGCUUCACAUAAUCCCCCAGCCGACGAAAAUAAGUCACCUUCUCUACGACGGGACAUAUAAACUACUGUCUUCUCUUUAACUUCCACUAAACUUUCCAUUUAGCACGUAUUCACAUCAGCAUGACACCUUCACCGCCACUUCGGUUAGGAUGGAUUGGCCUCGGGUCCAUGGGACUCGCAAUGGCUAUCAAUAUCCAGAAGCAUUUGAAAGAGAAGAACUUCACUCCUUUGCGGUACUGGAAUCGCACCUUGUCCCGAGGAGCUUCGUUGGAAGAAUUAAAAGGCGUACCUUGCUGGUCGAUUAGAGAAGUGGUGCAGGGCUGCGAUGUGAUCUUCAUCUCGGUCAGCGACGACGAAGCCCUCACCGGCGUAAUCCAAGAGACCCUAGCGAGUGGGGCUCUCAGCGACAAGAUCAUCGUAGAUACGACGACUGUGCAUCCUUCUACGACACGCUCCAUCACCACCCAGCUCACCGCCGCGAACGCUUCCUAUAUCGCAGCCCCCGUCUUCGGCGCCACGCCGCUCGCGCAAGCAGGCCACCUCCUCAUGGCGGUAGCUGGCCCAGCUUCAGCUAUUGGCAUUGUAUCACCGUACCUGAAGAGCGUCGUCGCACGAAACGUCAUCCAAGUUGGCGAUGAUCCCUCCAAAGCCCUCCUCCUGAAAACGUCUUCGAACUUCAUUACAGCCGGCCUAAUGUACCUCCUCUCUGAAGCGCACACCUUAGCUGCCAAAGCGGAUCUCCCCGCACCAAUCCUCGAAUCUCUCAUCGAGCAGAACUUUGGUGCAUACGCUCAUGGUGUCUCCCGCCGGAUGACGUCUGGUGCGUAUUAUCCCGCGAAGAGGCAGCCGCCGAGCUCAGGCCUAGAGCUGGGGAUGAAGGAUGUAGGCCAUGGACUGAGCGUCGCGAAGGAUGUGGGUAUGGAAUUAAAACUGGGGGAACUAAGCAUGGAGGCGAUGCGGGAGGCGAAAGCGUUUGGGGAUGCAAAAGGGAGGAAGAUGGAUAGUAGCAGCGUCUUCGGCAUCGUCAGGCAAAGAGCGGGACUGGAUUUUGAAACAGAUGUGGUCAAAGUACGGGAUGGAGCGGGAAAGUAAGGCGGGGAGGGGAGGAGGAGGGAUUGUUGAACGAGUAAAAUGGACGGUAGCUCUUGAAUCGAGAAACAGCCGAAGGUUCCUUGUGUGUCGAGACGCGUAUUAGGGAGCUGGAGGGGCGCCAAACCGCCGUCAACGUUUCCUCUCUUCCGACUUUGCCGUCCUCUGUACUCUGGUCCGACAUGCCUGAUGUAGCGAUCUGCAGUCUUUUUCAAAGGACACGAGCCAGUAGCGCUUC